UCUGCAUGGGGGCGGUUUCUAGGGUCGAGUAUCCUAAAGCUCCUGCAACAAUAACUAACGCCAGCGCUCUGAUAACAAAUAGUUCCUCUGCCUAUCUCCUUCUCCCCACCACGUACCCCUCUUAGAGGUAUAGGGUACAGCGGUUUCAGGGUUAGACCUUAAACAGAAACAGACUCUUCCUCUGGAGCUAUUGGAGGUUAUCAGGACCGGGGUGAUAGAGAGAACCCCACGGUAUUAAUGUAUGUGAAGUAAAGGGUGGGAGGAUUUAGUUUUGUUGCAUGCUUAGAAAAUGUGGUGCUGUAAUCUAGCGUUCCAGUCCAGUGUGCUUUUUUUCACCUCUUUUCUUUAUAUGAUCUUCCUACUUGAAGGCUAUUUAAGCAGCUUAAGAGAAGUAUAGUUCCCUGGCCCCAAGGGGAUUAGUGAUUAACUCAUAGUAUCUGUUGAAGUGAUGAUCAUAUUUUGUUUGUGGUGCUAUGUACAAUGAUGCUAAAAUGUCUUUCUAUAAAUUAUCAACAUCGUUACUGAAAUACAACCACCUUUAGGGUGAAGGGUGGCCACCAGCUGGCUCAUAAACACACUCCACAAAGCAUUCCAUGUGGAGACCUGGAAGUCUGCAGGAAACUUAAAAAAAAAAAAAAAAAGAAAUGAUCCCCCGUGGAUUUGAGAUUAUGUUAGUCGACUCCCACUGAUGGCAUGUUGAAGUUCAUUGAACAGCAGCUGAGAGGGCGUCUGAUCAGAAGGGGACUGCUCUAAAAGCUGGGCUUGCAACAACAUGGGCCAGUGUGUCACUAAGUGCAAGAAUCCUUCUUCCACCCUUGGCAGCAAAAAUGGAGAUAGAGAAUCUAGCAGCAAGUCUCAUGGCAAAAGAAGUGCAGUUCACAAAGAAGAACAUACCUCAGUAUGUGUGAAAUCCUCUGGCGACAUACUUGUCAAUGGGACAAAGAAAACGGAUACUGCUUUAGACUCUAGUCAACCUUCAACUUUCUCUGGGGAUGCAAAGAAAGAGCCUGUUUCCGGCACAGAAGAAUCUUCAGCCCAAAGGAUUGGGGAAUUGUUUAGGAGAUACAAGGACGAACGGGAAGAUGCCAUACUGGAAGAAGGCAUGGAACGUUUUUGCAAUGACCUCUGUGUUGACCCCACUGAAUUUAAAGUGCUAGUCUUGGCCUGGAAAUUCCAGGCAGCUACCAUGUGCAAAUUUACAAGGAAGGAGUUCUUUGAGGGCUGCAAAGCAAUAAAUGCGGACAGCAUUGAUGGCAUUUGUUCUAGGUUCCCCAGCCUCUUAAAUGAAGCCAAACAAGAAGAUAAAUUCAAGGAUCUGUAUCGUUUCACCUUUCAAUUUGGCCUGGACUCUGAAGAAGGACAGAGGUCUUUACAUCGGGAAAUAGCCAUUGCCCUUUGGAAGUUAGUCUUCACCCAAAAUAACCCCCCUAUAUUGGACCAGUGGUUAAACUUCCUAAUUGAGAACCCCUCAGGAAUCAAGGGAAUCUCCCGGGACACAUGGAACAUGUUUCUAAAUUUUACUCAGGUGAUUGGACCAGACCUUAGCAACUACAGUGAAGAUGAGGCCUGGCCUAGUCUCUUUGAUACCUUUGUGGAAUGGGAAAUGGAACGAAGGAAAAAAGAAGAGGAAACCAAAUGUAUUACAUGUUCAGACACAGAGGGUCCGUGUAUAGAAGAACAGACUUAACAGCAUUUAAGCAGCAGUGACAGAAAGAACCUGUUGCCCUUCAUUAAAUGUAAACUCUGGACCUUUCUGGAAAUUACUGAGGCUCCAGAUUUUUCUACUUUACACCUUUCUCUGCCUUGUAUUUGAAAGGGCUCUAAAAUGCUGUAUCAUGGUUUAGGCACUUUCUUAAUUUUGGUUAUACCUUGCCCUGAAAUAUUUGACCCUGGCUACAAGUUAAAAACAGUUGUCUUUUUUUAAAAAAGAUUUCAGAUUAGUAUAAAUCUGACAUUUCUUGCACAAUGUAGAUCUUUUUGUUAGGUUUAAAUUAACAUUGCUAAAUUAUACAGUGCCAGAUUCAAGUUUUGUAUACUACAUCUAUCAGGGCAGGUCUGUACUGUGUGUAGUGCUGUUUACACUGUUUAAAUUUUAGGUUAUAUUAAUUUUAAGGUUUUAUACCAACAUGAAUAGCAGUGUUAACUGCUAGCUACAAAUGCAUUAAUUCCCAGAUAAGGCUCUAAAAACAACGUAAGUGACUGCUUUUUGUAAUAUGGCUAAAACCCAUUUUAAGCUAACUCUCAGAAAACAUGAGUUCAGGUCAUUCUAUUUUUGGAGUAUUGAACUAAAUGUUGGAUUUUAUUUAUGAAAACAUACUGUACCUGUCAGUCAACUGAAUUGUAGUUAACACUUUGUAUCUAAAUUACUUAAGCAUCACAUGCAAAAGAGCAGUGCUACCUCAGUUUUACUGGAAGGAGACUUCCUUUCUGCUGAAGAGUCAUUCAUAUUUUUAUGGUUAUGUGAAAAUACUUUGGAGCCAAAGGUUCUGCUUCUUAUGGCUGAUAAACAUUAACAGAAGCGCAAAAGCUGCUUUCAAGGAAAACUGUGGUAUGUUAAAUCUGCUUUAAUUUACACUUGAUCUGUAUCUUAAGUAUGAUCAACUUACUUGUCUGGCAAGUGCAGUAUAUCUGUGUAGGGAUGAUCUCUUGUAUUCAUGUUGACAAACCAAUUUUUUAAUCUAUACUUAAUUGUUAAAGCAUAGUUACACCCCUCCAAAUUUUCUGGGGCAACAACAACAUUGGCACUCAAUGAAAAAGUGAGUUCUUUAAUGUGUUCUUAAUGACAACACUGUAGACAAUUCAUUUUUAGUCUGAUUUAAUAAUGUUUAAAUAGGACUCAAUUUAUUGUUUUAAAUUACCUGUACUGGGAUUAUUUGCCUGUUGUGACCUAAAAAGGGAGUUUUAUUAACACUGGUUGACAUUUUUUUGGUUAUUGAUGCUACCUUUUUUAAUUUUAAUAUAUCAGCUUUUUUAUACUUCUUGGUAAAAGGGAUAACUGCUGAGGCUUUCUAUUAAGCGAAGCAUUGGCUCCAUAUAUUUGAUACAUUUCUAUUAUACAACUUUAUUUUCAGAGUUGUAAUUCAGGAUCAUAAAAUGGCUUAAAUUAAAAAAAAAAAAAAGGAACUGCUGAGCAAUUAGUUCAUAUUGUCCAAUGGUUUUUGUGCUGUAGGGCUCUUUAAAACAAAUUGUAAAUUGCUACCAUGCAUCCCAGUGCCCAGGAAGAGCCCCUGCGGACUCUCACAAUGGUUACUGCAUGCUAGCAAAUCCAGUGGCAAGAUCUGUUUUGAGAUCCUGCAUCAUUAACAGUGCUUGUGUAAUUAAACUAAAGUACAUAUCUGUUUAAGAAGAUAUGCUCAAAUUACAUCUUCUCACCAUGAUGAGAGGUCAAUGUUCUAUUUCUUUAGCAAGUGCUGAGUGCAUUAGGGAUGUGUAAAAAUUAUGGAAAACUAAUGUUGCUCCCAUUUCAAGUAUAACAGAGGUUGUCAACUUGCAGGAGAAACACAAAAUUUAGGACUUGGUUCCUGGUAAUUAAAUAUAUGCUGAAGCUUUGUGUACAUUUUGUCUGUAUACUGGCAAAAUCGUCUUAGUGUAGACAUUUAUACCAGUAAACAGGUGCUUUUGCUGGUAUAAGCAUUCUGGUUUGGUAAGCAAAUUAAGCAAGAGUACUUUUUUGACAGUAAAGCUGUAUCUAUAUUUGGCCCUUUGGUGACACAGCUAUGGUUGAGGGUGGUGAUGUGAGAAAUCGCACCUCAAACCAACAUUUCUAUGCCAGCAAAACCUUUAAGUGUAGACUGGCCUGAGCAUAAAUGGAAAAACCCUUUAUUUAUAACUUUAAGGCUACACAUGUAUUAUGUUAAUGAUCUAGUAUCUUGGUUUUUUUUUUUUGUUGUGUUUUUUUUUGGUUAAAUCACUUUACUUCCUCUUAAAAAGAACUUAAAAUGUCCAAAGUUUGAAAAUUGGUUGCUCAUUGUAUACUUAUUGCAUGCACGUAAGUACUGAAUUGUGACAGUCAUUACUUAAUAGACUGUAAUGGCUUCAAAGGAUUAUGGCCUAGAAACUGAAGAGUGGUUUUUAAGGUCUGAUCUAAAUAUGGAUUGGGGUACAGAGGAAAAUUCUACAGCACACCCAGGGUUAGCCAUUAGGUGUAAUUCAGGGUGGUUUGCCAAGGCAGGAUGGUGACGGUAGUUGUGUGAAAGAGGGGAAAUUCCGGUUGAAAAAAAAUGCAAACCUGGGUGGCUUGGUGCCAUGCUGUUGUAACAAAAGGAAAGCCCUGUUCUAUAGUUAUUUACUCUACCAGGAAUCAUUCCAGCCUAUUGGAUACCAAACACUUAUAAUGCUAGCCAAAUCUAUCUUGAAAAAAAGCCAUUUAUUUUUGUUCUAUACUAAAUUUCACUUUUGGAUUACAAAAGAGAAAAUACAAAAAGUCAAGGUUGGGAUUUUAAAACUGAUACAAACCCAGGACUACAAAGUCUAACAAUCUGUUCUUUGCUUGAGUUGUGCAACUUUACACAACAAUGUGAGUGACAGUACUUGUUCUGGAUUGCCUGACAUUUUGAUGAUCCUAAACAUCAAAUAUAGCUUGCUUUUUAAUGCUCACUAUAUUGGAUUGGAGUUUUGUACAUGUUUCUGGGAAACCUUUAUUAAUCCUGGAGCCUCUGAGAGUGUCCUUAUUUAAUGGUUGAACUGUGAACUUCCACGGAAUAGACCAAAUAUAUUCAUAUUUUUCAUAAAUAUAUAUAAAAUCUUUAAAGUGUAGAUUAAGGGUUAUAAAUGGGCAUGAUGCUGAUGAGAUUCUUGAAACCAUUAGGAUUUCUUUGUGUUGCUGAUCUUUAAAAAAGUAUAGCUACAACUUGAUGAUGUUGUGAAACUGCUAUAUCUUGGGGUAAGUAGCUGCAGAGAUACGCAUUGCAACUUUGUCAUCAACUGGGAAAAUGGUCUGAUAGCCAAGCUUCGUGUCAUUUUAUUGCCUUCCUUUCUACACCUAAAGAAUGUGACUCAUGUAAAAACACUGAGUUUCAGACAGCUACAUAGUAUUGUGGCUCAGAACACAUUUAAAAUUUAGUAUCCCAAAUUAAUUGACACUCCAUCCUGCAAACUCCUUAUUCAUGUGAGUAAUGCCAUUGAGGUCAAAUAGGACUAGUUUCGCAAGUAAAGGAUCCUUUGCAGGAUCAUGCACAUUUGGUGAUGGUCAUGAGCGUGACUGAGAAUACAUUAAAUGAGACUAGAUGUUGAAUAUGUGAAUCCAUUUGCUGCAGGUGGUAUUCUAAAUGGAUUAAUAUUAGUGCAAUUCUACUAUACAAACCACAGGAAAAUAAAACUAGAAACAAUAACUCAGCUUAUCACACGUUCUAGGAAAUGGUUAUAACCCAAGAGAAUAGUUCUUGGUAUUGACAUGAGACGGUCUCAAUAUGAAUAUCCCUUUCAUUAUAUUUAUAUAAUGUAAAUAAAACUAACCUCUUAGUUUAUAAACAAUUUAUGAAACUGUGUUGAACAAGGAAACUCCAUCUCUAGUCUCUGGUGAUUAAAGUCACUUCAGCUCUGAUAUCAUGGCAGCUGAAAUUAUAUCCUUCUCAUUCAUGGCAUAGCCUUGUAAGUUUCCAGGUCUUGCAGCUUUGUGUUCUACAGUAUGAUGUCACAGACAGCCUUAAUUAAUUGGGUACCAGACUCUACUCCUGGGCUGAAUUUCAUGGAAAGGUGUGCAUGUCUGAGGGCAGAAUUUAGCCCUUCAUGUUUAAAAAUGAAUCUCAGACACUACCUAAAGUGUCUUUAAAAAAAAUUCUUCAGUUUAGUAUUUCAUUAAAAGACCAAACACACACACACUGAAGAAUAUGUACUCUAAAUUGCUGUAUAUGUUUAAAGUUAGGUGUCUGCUUAAUUUUGUUGUAGUCAGGCGCGCACACAUGCAUGUAUGUAAUAAUCUUUCUCUCUCCAAACUAUUGACAAUAUGAAUCCAGAGAUUCAAAUUUCACUCUAUAACCGCAAUAAAAUACAUCAGACUGUAAGACAGAAGGCUUUAAUUCAUUCACCAUGUAAUACCUGGUUGUUGAUCUGUUCUUAGAUUUACUGAGUGGUUAAGUGUCACCAUUCUUUCCUUCCAAGAUUUUAUAUCCGGAUAACUAAUCUACUUCAUUAUAUUGACGUUAGGUAUUCUCUGUCUCCUUAAGUUCACUGCAGUCUUCAAAGUACUGCUAGUAAUGUGCAUGCUGCUUCAUUGAAUCUUAUAAGGGACCAUUCCCAUGUAUCUAAAAAGCCCAGAACCAUGUCAAACUGCUGAAUGAGUUUAGGUCAUUCAGGAUGUUAGCUAUUCUACAAUGUUGGAGAAAUACAGUGCACUGCAAUGCAGUGAUCAAAGUCAUGCUUGUGGAGUUGGGGUUCCCCUCCGCUCCCAUUUGGGCUAGAGUAUAUCAGUAACAAACAGGCCUUCCCUGGGAGAUCAAAAAGCCGUUCCUUAAGAGCGAACAGGGUGGCCUAUUCAAUUUGUUUCUUAGAAUGUGUUAACAACCCACCCAAUGCAGUACCAUGAGAAAUGUUUGUAUAUUUCAUUGCCCUCCUUCCAUGUUAGGCUGUAACUCGGGUGGGCAAACUAUGGCCUGGAGGCCACAUCCAGCCCUUCAGACAUUUUAAUCCGGCCCUCAAGCUCCCGCCGGGGAGCAGGAUCUGGGGCUUGCCCUGCUCUGCGUAUGCUAUGGCUCUUGGAAGCAGCAGCAUGUCUCCCCACCCACCCACCCCCCGUCUCCUACGGGUAGAGGCAGCCAGGGGGCUUCGCAUGCUGCCCCAGCCCCAAGCACUGCCACCACAGCUCCCUUUGGCCUGGAACCAUGGCCAACAGGAGCUGCAGGGGUAGCAUCUGAGGACGGGGCAGCACCUGAGGACAGGGCAGCACACUGAGGCGCCUCUGCGUAGGAGCCAGUGUGGGGAACAUGCUACUGCUUCCGGGAACUGCUUGAGGUAAGUGCCACCUGGAGCCUGUACCCGACCCCUUGCCCCAGCCCUGAUCCCUCCUGGCCUCUGAACCCCUUGACCCCACCCCUGAGCCCGUACCCCCAGUCCAGAGCCCCCUUCUGCACCCUGAAUUCAUUUCUGGCCCCAUCCCAGAGCCCGCACCCCAACUCCCAAUUUUGUGAGCAUUCAUGGCCCGCUAUACAAUUUCCAUACGCAAAUGUGGCUGUCAGGCCAAGAAGUUUGCCCAUCCCUGCUGUAACUAGCAUUUUAAUCAGUUUUGCACCUUCCAUUUGUUUGGACCAAUUCAGCUUCAAUAGCUGUGUCCAUUCUCCUGCCUCUCAAGAUCAACAUGUAAUUUUAUGUUCAAAGAAAAGCUAAGAAGUUCUUAAAUUGUUAGAGAUGGUGGCAUGCCAGUUUAACUCUUGCUUUGUUUUAAUCCGUUUGGAUGUUGUCUUCAUGAGCCACAAUUUAUUCCCUCCCAUUCAAAAUGUACAGCAGAAUUGCUGUCUGGGUAAGCCUGAUGUAAACGUUACACAGCAGCUAGUGCAGCUAUAAGACCAUUCUUCCAAACUCAGAGCUGUUGUGGGUUUCCCCCUAGUGAGUAUGUAAUUCAUUUGACCUCUUGCACUAUCUGUGAAGAAGCAAAAUAAAAUAAAAAAUUGGGAAUUUGUGAAGCAACAGGCUUGAACAGACUAGUUCUGCAAACAGCUUGCCUUAAAUGAUCUAUGGAAUUCCUCUCUAGUAUAGUAAUCAACCUUUCUGUCUUCAGUUUUAUGUAAGUAUAACUGUUUUUUGUACAAUUUUUAAGCUCUUACCUUUGCAUAGUUGCACUCUUCAAAUAAGCUCCCUCUGGAUAUUUGCAGAUAGCUCUAUACACAGGCAGAAAAGCAUUUUGUCUUUGUUCAUGCUAGAACUUUAUUUUUCCUUAAAUUAUAUUUUUGGAGCUGAAAGUUACCUGCUGUGGAAUACAUAUUUACUUGAAUAUUGCCAUUUAUGCAGAACCAGCACUGAAACUUGUUUUGCUCUCCCUGGUUUACUAAACAGAACAAGUCCUGCAUGACAGAAAUGACAGAUCUGCAUGAAAUUCCAGCAGAGCUCAAGGCUGGCUGCUGUUACACUUAUGGGAAUACAGUACUAGCAGUAGAGGACUUUACAGCAUAGUGCUUAAUAUUUUAAGGCUACAAUUUCUAGAGUACCUGUAAACAGUGAUCUGAAAAGUGUUUGCUCUUUAAAGGAUAUUUUAUCUAUCAGAUGGUGAAUGAAAGGGAAAAAGGGAGGCAGGAGCAGAUUAAGGACCUAAUCCUGUUUGUUGCUGAGCAUCUUCAGUUCCUGGAGAAAUUGCUGCUUGAGCUUGCAGGACUGAUGCCUAAAGCUGGAUAUUUGGGAUCCAUGAUGGCUCGUGUGAGGGGCUGUAGCAGCAGUGAGUCAGUGUGUGUGAGGGCAAGGUCAAGGAAUAUUGUCUGGAAGUGGACUGCUGAGUAAAAUAGUUUGUAGAGAGCAAGGUUUGUUCUUUUAACAUUUAAUAUUUGGAUGGAUCUGAGCCCAGCUAAAUUUGCCUGUGACAGGAGGAAUCAUGUUUAUAUCGUUUAUAUACCCCCAGAGAAAUAACCUAGAUCUGUUCAGCUUUGGACAACUUCAUUUGGCUUUCACUCAAUCAUAUGUGAACACAAUUGGCUUAAUAUUUGUUCUCCAGUAUCUAUGUAACAAGUCAGUGCACUUGAUUCCCUUUAAGAGGCAUUCCUGCUUAAAACCAGCAGGGAGAGAUAAAAACCUUGUCAGAGGAGAACACUCCACCAUAGUUACACAGAUGGGAAUAGUCAUACGAUUCAUGUUAUUGCCUUUGGAUUUACCUAAAAGAUACCCAAUGCCCCAUCCAAUAGUCUUCUCAGUGUUCGAAAAUACUAAUAUGUCGUGUCUACAGGGCCAUGCUUUCUCUUAUAUAUGUAUCAGAUGUGCCAUGCUUGAAAUUGGUUGGGGUGCAUCCUGUUUCAUGCUGUUCCUUUUUUUAUUUUUUAAGGGAUAGAGCCAAUUUGAAACUUUUUAUAACAUUCGUUCUAGGUACUAUACCUGCUGCUUUGAGUCCCCUUGCCGAUAUUUGUGGUUUUACAGUUACACUUUUUCUCACCAGUUGUUACUGUGUGAACGUCCCACAGAGUGGAAACAGUGAAAGUGCUCUACAAAGUGCUGUCAAAUGCACAAAGCAAACAAACUAAGAGAUUCUAUUUGGUUAUAGUAGUCUUGGGUGUGAUUUGUUUUUGUUUUUAAGCUGACUGUGUCCCUUAUUAAAUAAGAGCAUUAAAUGCAGUCUGGUUUUUCCUUUCUCUAAAAAGCAAGGUAUUGGUUUGUCCAUUACCAACUUCUUGUAGACCUUGUGCCAGAUGUAUAUUAAAUAUUUUGGUGCUUUUUUCUAAUCUGAUCUGCCGUUCAUUUACCUGUGAGACUGUAAAAAUAUUUCUGUAUUUAAAUUAUCCCUUUAAAAAAAUCCUUUAGUCACAAUGUAUUUUGACUACUGUAGCUCUGUAAAUGUUUCAAAGCUUCUGGAUUUCCUGUAUUCCAGUAAGAUUUGUGUGUGGGGGGGAAAUAGCUACAGAAAUUCAAUCCACUGGAAAGGGAAUUUACAGCAUUGUUCUGUGCAUUACUGAACAAAUGAACAUUUUGGUGUUUACAUAAUGCACCUUUUGGCUGGUGUUCACUGUUUUGUGUUCAAGCUUUGUACAAAUGUCUUAUUUAAAGCCGAAGUCCUUUUUACAUAAAUUUUCAAUUAAAAGGGGAAACUUUAAUAUUU